AAUAUCCAAAUGAAAAUUUGUUUUUAAAGCAAAAAUGUAAUGCGAUCAAGCUGAAGGAGUUGUUUGUUGGCCCUUAUCAAAUUGUUGAGGUUUUUUCCCUUCAUUUUAGAAGAGAGCUAUUUUUCAGAUUGUAUUUGAUGAAAACCCCACGUGAACACAACCUUCAGUUCAGAAGUUCUGGGACUUAGAACACAGGCAGAUCAGAAACUGAGAAGAAAACAGAGAAAUCUAACAGAGAAAUCAACGAUUCAAAAUUGAAGUGUUUAUUAAGCAACAAAAAAACAUGCUUUAUUUCAGGUUAUUGGAUAUUAACUCUUUGGCAAAAAUGUCACAUUUUAACUACCUAUCCUGAGUUUUUCUCAGAAACAAAAUAUUUGACAUGAAAGAGGACAUAUCGUCGCAGAGCUGACAUAGCGACGAAUAAGCGAAAACCUUGUAUCAAGUAAUUCACGUUUGAAGUUGGACUGUAUACAGCGCACGCGCGAUCCAACAAACUGACGAAUAACUUUCGUUGGUACUUUGAAAGCACACCUUACAUUAGCAGGUUAACCAGCGAAAUUCCGUAUUUGUCACUCAAAUUAUGGAUUUGUUAUUUUGACUGAUUCGCCACAGGCAGGGCUCCGAAUCUCAAAAUCCAGACAAGAAUUAGGAAUUUGGGCAUAAAUACUUGAAAGAGCAACCUUUAAAAACUACAAAAUCUCAAAUCGGCAAAAUGUUCGAUACGCCGGUUUGGCAGCUCUGCGACGACAUAGCCUUCCAACUUUACCAAAAUGUCAAUUUUGAAAUUUCCACCCCUACUGACCUAUUUGGGCUGUAUUUUAAAAUCACAAUUGCCAACAAACGACUCAUUUAGCUUGAUCGCAUCACAUAAUAUGGUCUUGAAUUGAAAUGUCACGUUUUGACAAAUUUCAUUGGUACUAUGAUAUUUCACGGCCUAACUUUAAAAGAAAAGUGUUUGCUAUUAUAAUUAGGCUUGGUAGGAGGGUACGUGGUUUGCUCAUCUCUUAAAAAAAAAAAAAAAAUAGGAAACAAAUGCACUGAGGAUGGGUGGUGCAGAUCCUCAAGCUCUUUCAGGGUUAACAAGUGUUUUUAAAAAAAGGUAAAAUACAAAUAUAUUGUCCACUUGAAACUGCAAUGAUUUCUGUUUUUCAAUAAUUUGCACAUAUCCAUAAUUGCAGAACUUUGCCAGUUAUUCACAGAUAUGCCUGUCUUUAAGGUAUGGAGUAGUGAUACAUGUAGGUCACUACGAAAGAGUAUUGCAGCCAACAGUCUCCAGGAGUUAAUUGAAAAAGGCAAAACUAAAUUUGGUUUUGAAGAGGAUCUCCAAGUAAGCGUGGUUACUGAAGCAGAUGGAACUGAUGUUGACGAAGAUGAAGUGUUGCUGGAGCUGGGCGCAGGGACAGUUUUGAUUCUUCUGAAGAAAGGCGAACUAUGGCAACCUUCAACACAGGAUACUCCAGUUGCAGAUACUAUUCCAUCAUCAGGAACUGCAGCUACUGGAUCUGGAGACACUACCCCUGCUUGCAUGGCCUCAUCACCAGCACGAGCUGUGACGAUUGCUGAAGGCUCAUCAAAUGCUGGUGAGGCUAGUCCCACAUCAUGUCGACUUACAUCAUCGAGCCCACUUCCCACAUUCAGUCCUCGUAUAGAACACCACCUCAAAUCGGCAACAGAGUCAAGGAUUUGGAGGGAACUAAUUUCGGAAUCAGCGAACUUCUACGUUUGCAAAUAUCCGGAACUAGGCAGCCCAGGAGAGUACCAGAUGAUUGGAAGAAAGAUGUUCUCAGCCUUUCCAAGCAUUGCACGUGAAGGAGACAAGGAGUGGUCGUUCUUCACCAAGUGUCUGAGUCAGCGAAUCAGACACAUAAGAUGGGCUGAAAAGAAGAAGACACAACCCCCAAAAAGGCAGAGUGAUAAUCCACGCUUCAGUUCUGCCAAAGCGCCCCGUGUGGGACAUGUCCAUCUGCUGCAGAAAGACGUUUCAUCAUUGACUGCUGAUGACUAUGAGAAUCAUCUUGCUGAAGUAAGACGAGAAUGGAGUAAAGGCAACACCAAGAACAAGAACCACUUGAUGCUCCUCCUUAGUGAAACCUUCGCCUGCAACCAGCAAUGGAUCAAAAGUUUACCAGAUUCCAAAAUGGAGCCAAUCCUGCAGAAAAUACCAUGCUACCAAGAUGGCAGUCUGGUCAUUCAUGAUUUCCUGAAAAUCAUUGGAGAAAGCAGCUUGGACUCCAUUCUAAACAAGAUGGAGAUUUUCCUGACCGUGGUGGAAAGUCUCAUCGGCACAUCAACAAAGGAACCUGAGAGGAUUAUCCCUGUUAUCCGCCAUGUUGAGAAGGCAACAGCUUUUGACAAAGGGAAGGGUGUGAAAAGCAAGUCUGUCAUCACCAUUAAAGAGGAUAUCUCAGAUGAUGAAGUUGAAGAAGUCUUGAAGACAGGAGACCGGGACCCACCCCAUUUGCUGGUUCUAAAAAAAGGUGGUACAAUUGCUGGCACAUUUGUCGUUGGUGAUACUGUAAGCAUUAUGUGCCACUCAACCAGUGACAAGUCUAUAACAUCAGCGAUGCUCACAUUGAUUGCUGUAUACUAUGUGUUCGAUCUAGAUUAUCCAAAGAUCUAUUCCCAGCUUCUGGGCACACUUCAGUCACAUGUAGUAGGUGGCAUUCCAUUUGAUGGAAAAAAAAGUGCCAAAUUCAGGUCCUUCAGUAAUGUACUGGAUAAAAAACGUUCAUAACUUCAAGACUUAAAAGAACUAUGUGAUGGAACUAAAUGACCGAAAACCAAAGAAACUAUAAAACCAAAACCCAAUGUUUAAACCUAGAACUAUAACCAGAGAACAAGGACAGACCAAAAACCAACACAGUGUGUAAAUUAUAAUGAAUCUGUAAGCUCACUCUAACUUCAAUCUGCAAAAACAAGAAAACACAUGGAAACUAAGAUGAGAAACAUAAUCUAAUGAAUAUUCAGUAGGCAAUAAACAGUUCUGGCACACAAAGGAAGUGGAAGACACUAAUCCCCUACUUUCAGGAUUAACCUGUCAUAAAACGAAUCAAGUGGAACAAAUUGUACUUGAUUAAACGGAAUUUCCAUUAAAAUACCCAAACUCCCUUAUUAAGUAGGAUAAAUCAACUAUCAGCAAUAGAAGUAAUUAGAGCAGUAAUACCUUGAGAAAAAUAAUCAAGGUAAAAAGAAACAAAAUGGAAUCUGAAUAGUUGUAUAAAACUAGAAACUGGAAAUCAUUCAAAGAUAACUCUGACCAGAAUCAACUUGUACUCAGACUGUAAACUAAACAAACUUUCAAGGAACUCUAACUGAUUUAACUACUGUAAAUAAUUGGAAAUAAGUAAAAGAAGACAAUAAUACAAAAGAAAACUCACCACUGACCAGACAAGCAGACAACCCAAGCAAUGAGGAUCACACUCCAGUUAUAGGAGGAACAUUAGUGUUAUCUAUGUACAUGUAUGUUCACUGCUGGUCUACUUAAACUAAAGUGUGGCUUGACCAUGUGGCAACUUAUAUAGGGGGGACUGGAGGACUUAAAUAAACAAACAGGGGGACACACUACCAAGGCAUACAGGGGAACACUAAACAAAGGCUAUGCAUUUUGAAAGGGGGAACUACUCCUAUGUAUAAAUGACACAAAAUUUUAAACAACUUUUUGGCUCCGCCACACAUGCAGUGCAUGUUCAAGUGUUAUAUGUUACAUUUCAUAAAGUGUUAAAUUUGUUACAUUUUCGAUUUCAAAUAUUCUCAUUUCAAUGUAAUUUUAAAGCUUUUUAAAUAACCACAAAGGGAAACUCGUGAUUCGGUGAAUUGUAAAUAUUUCAGAUGUUGAACAAAAAUGAACCAGAAUAAUGUCAUUGCUUAAGUAUCAGUGGAUUAUCUACAUAGACAUUUUAGAUGUAUUUACUGUUUCUUUUACCAGGGUUAACUCACUGAUUUAAAUCACAAUUUAAAUCAAAUGAAUUUGUUUUCAAAUUCCUGAUUUAAAUCCUUUUUUGUAAAAAUCUUAUUUUUGGCAAAAUUUACUGAUUGAGGGUCAUUUUAAUCAAUUAAAUCAAAUGUUUCCAACCAAUUACAAAGCUUGUGUAAGAUGUUAACACAUUCAAAUAUCCCUUCUUCAUCAGCAGCGUCUCGAUAUACAUGUUGGAUUCGCAUAAUUACCCACAAUUAUUCUUUCUUUUUUUAAGUCUGAUACGAUUUCUGUUCUCCACCUUGUACGAAGGACCAUCAAUGAAACAUGAUAAGUUACACAAGGAUCAGUGCUGGUUUUAAAAUUAAAGGCAUUUUUAUGAAACUGAGGUUUUUCCAUUGUGCGCAUUGAUCAUAUGAAAAAUAUUAAUCGUAUGAUAAAGAAAAUUAUAUAUGUACAUGUAGCCUCACUCUCAAACCUACCGUCACAGCUGGCACUUUCAGAAUCAUGAAUUAUGUCAUGUUUCAUAAAUGGUUUUUGCUGAUAUCCAUUUCAAGAUUAAUUGUAAUGAUUAUUAUAAAUCUCAGGUUUUUAACAGCUGAAGCAAUUUCUUGCACAUCUGUGUUCACCCCCUGAAUUGAAUCAACAAAAUUUGCUCUAACUUGACAUCUAUAGAAAACCAAAUAUAACAAAAAAGUAACCUUCUUUGAUAUGUGAAAAGAAAAUUAUACUCAAUGGCUACAUGCCCAUUCUGCUCGUGUGGAUUUGAAAAGACGAAAGUAAAAAAAAAAUAUGUUCUGGUGAUUUAAAGGAAGUGUUUAGUACUUAAACAUCAAGUUAAUUAUAAAUGCGUCCAAGCAUUUAUAAAGUGUUACAGGCUGUAAACACGUCAUUGGUUUAGUACUUAAACAUCAAGUUAAUUAUAAACGCGUCCAAGCAUUUAUAAAGUGUUACAGGCUGUAAACACGUCAAUGUGUUUAGUACUUAAACGCGUCCAAGCAUUUAUAAAGUGUUA